GCUCUCGCUCUCACGCCCAUGCCGCCCGCCGAGCAGCACCUGCGCUGUCCCCGUCGCCAGCGACUCACCACGUUCACGCAGACGCUUACUUUUUCUUCGCUCUUCAGUGUGGAUAAAUAAAUAACCGCAGCGCCUCCAAUCUUCUUCACGCUACCUGCAGAAGCUAGCAGUCGGCGAGCCAGUCAGUGCCAUGGCGAGACCACGAGCAGCGGCGGAGCUCCUCCGGCUCCUCUUCCUCCUCGCCCUCGCCGCCGCCGCGGCCACAGCGGGCGCGCCGGCGGCGGCGGCGGGGUGCCGGCGCGGGGAGCUGGUGGUGCUGCAGCGCGCGACGGGGCGGACGGUGGAGGGGAAGCCCGAGUACGCGGUGGAGGUGCGGAACGCGUGCCGGUGCGCGCAGUCGCGGGUGGUGGUGCGCUGCUACGGGCUGAGCAGCGUGGAGGCCGUGGAUCCGCGCGCCAUCCGCGCCGUGGACGGCGAGCGCUGCCUGCUCCGCGGCGGCCGCGCGCUGGCGCCCCGCGGCGGCGCCGUGCGCUUCACCUACGCGUGGAUGACGCCACAGGACUUCCCGCUCGUCAGCUCCACGCCGCACUGCUAGUAGUAGUGCUAGCCUGCUACGGAGUAGCUAGCUAGCUGCGUACCCAUCUCAUCCUCAUCUGGAUGCGUGGGCUCCUCCGAUCCCAUUGUUUCCCUACUGAUUCAGCAAGCAAGAUUAGCUGAUGAUCGAUCGACCGAUUGAGUUGCAAGUGUAAUUAAUUGAUUGCUAGUUGGAUAGGUUCAUUUGUGGCAAGCAAAGCUUUGUUUAGGCUUUUGGCGAGAGUGAUUUGGUUUUAUUUGCGGUUCGGUUUGUACUGCCUGUUAAUCUUGCGUUAAUUAUAAGUGUGCUUUUUGUACUA